AUGGAGAUUAAGCCUGUCACCUGCACGAGCCAUAUCUGUGGGACUUCCAAGACCACUUUGUGCACAUGGUACCAGUGGAAGAACUAUAGAUAUGUAUUGGCCUUUUACUUUGCCGUUGAGCAGAUCAAUAAGAGUCCCCAUUUGCUCCCCAACCUCUCCCUGGGUUAUAAUUUCUACAAUGCAUUUCCCAGUGACAAAAGAACUUUAGAAAGUGCUCUAUUUUUGCUCUCUGGAGAAAAUCGGUACUUGCCAAACUACAACUGCUGGAUACAGAAACAACUUGUUAUUAUUGCAGGAAACACGCCAACAUUUUCAGCCCAAGUUGGAACCCUAUUGGAGCUCUACAAAAGUCCACAGCUUCAUCCAUUUCUGAGGAAAAGCCAGUUGACAAACAGUAUUGUGUACAACAAGCCCCUGGAUGAAAAAAGAAAAAUGGUGCAGUAUGAUAUCCACAAUCUUAUGAGAUUUUCUAAUGGCAGUUUGCUGUUUGUUGAAGUAGAAGAUUUUGUCUACAAGAGCACCCAAGAUCAAGGUUUGGUCAUCAAUGAAAAGAUGAUAAACUUGCCUGUUAAUUUCAAGGAG